GAGUUACUUGUUAGCGGCCCAGUGCUGAGUUGAUGAACGAUGUUCGCUGUAUUACAAGAUGUUGUCGACGGUUACAAUUACGUCUUUUACGAACUAGCUUGUCCAAUAUCGAGAGACUGGAUCCUAGUUGGAAAACCAUUUCAUUUGAUGUGUAUUAUGAUCCCCUAUUUGUACUUUUGCACGCGACUUGGACCAAGGCUUAUGAAACACCAAGCUCCAUUUAAUGUCACGAAACUGAUGAUGGUACACAAUUUAUUCCAAAUAUUCUUGAGCAUUUAUAUAUUUGAAGAGGCAUUACGAUACAUCCUAUUUCACAAUUUUGAUUUCAACUGUCAAGGCUUGUCCUCAGAUCCUGCUGUGGCAAAAUGGGUCGCUCGUGGAGUGUGGAUAUUUUACAUGGCAAAAUUAUCCGAAUUAUUGGACACUGUUUUCUUUGUCUUAAGAAAAUCGAAUAGACAAAUAUCUUCCCUACAUUUACACCAUCACACUUUGAUGCCAAUCUCUGCGUGGUUCGGUGCAACAUAUUUUCCAGGUGGUCAAGGAAUCUUGGUAGGAUUUUUUAAUGCCAUAGUUCAUACAGUCAUGUACACAUAUUACUUAAUUGCUGGAUUUGGAGAUGAGUACAAAAAGUAUUUGUGGUGGAAAAAAUAUGUUACAAUUUUACAAAUAAUACAAUUUCUUAUCAUUGGGGUUCAUGCAGUCAAAAGCCUCUUCUACUCGUGUGACUAUUUUGUAACAUUUAAGAUACUGACUAUUUUUUACUGUUCCUUCUUCACGUAUACCUUCGGAAAAUUUUACUAUGUGAAUUAUAUUAAAAAAGCAAAAACAGUUAACGGAGUGGAAUCUAGUCCAAAGAAACAAAAUAAAUUAUCAAAUGAUUCUCAAAUAACCAAAAAAUCUAAAUAA